AAGCACCCACAACAAGAGAUAGAUGAAUUAACGUAUCCAGAGGGUAUUUCAUCUACGUCACCGUCUCGCCUGUGCUGAUCAACGAGUGCCGAAAUGUGAGCGUGAGUGCAUAUAUACCGACAAGGGUUGGGUCACAAUAGGAUGCGCAUACCCGUCCCACGACGGGGCACCUUGGCACCCUCGACAUGUGGCUUUCCCGCGUAUAACAGGACUCGGCACCAGAAACGAAACGCCUUGGAGUCUUCAUGACCAUAAUAAACACAUUUGGCGCUGUGCUUCGCAGCAGACUGGACUGCCCUGCCAUCGACGUCUGAGCAUCAAUCCCUCCCCAACAACAUCAUGACAGGCACCUCACCAGACUGGUCGCCCGACGCGCAGCUCUGGGGUCUGAGUGCAAAGAUCUCGCGAGAUGGCCUCCUGGCCUCGAUAUACUCGACGUUUGCCGUAGCCACAGUGUUCCUCUGCCUGCGUCUCAUCCUUCGCUGGCGGUACAACGGCCGCCUCCUCCUCGGCGACUACUGGAUGCUCUUCGCCUACCUCGCCUUCGUCACACAGACCGUCCUCCAGACCGUCCAGCUCGACGCCAUGUGGUACGUGAUCUAUCUGGAUUUCGGCCGCAUCUCCCCCACGGACCCGGACAGGUAUCGGCAGGCCCGGGAAAUGGCGAGGUGGUACUUUGCCGUCACGGGCCUCUUCUGGACGGUGCUCUGGAGCGUCAAGGCCAGUCUGCUCGUCACAUUCUACAAACUCGUGCGGCCCAUCACGCGGCUGCGGAGAUGUCUGUAUGCCGUGGCUGGCUUCACUGUGCUGUCGUACGUCGGCUGCUGGGUGGUCUAUACGUGCCUACGCGCGAGCCCUGAGAACAUGUAUCUCCUCGAGACCAGAAGUGCCGGGCGCCGAGCGCGCAUCAGCGCCAUCUUUGUGACCGUGGUCGACACGCUGAGUGACAUUCUGAUUGCGCUGCUGCCCAUGUACAUCCUGCCGAGUCUGCAGCUGAGUCGCGGCAAGAAAUUCGGCAUCGGACUGACCUUUGCCCUUGGGCUGUUGGUCGUGGCCGUGGCCAUUGUGCGUAUGACGCAGAUCACCUGUGGCUAUGGGAUAGACUAUAUUGGCGUCGCCCUCUGGGGCGCCGUGGAGACCGCAACGUCUAUUGUCGUCGGGUCGCUGCUGUCGCUCGGCGGUCUGUUGACCAAGGGGGUCAGGGGUCUUCGACGUGGGACCGGUUACUCAAAGCAGUCGGGCUCUGCCGGUGGCAAGAGCAGCUACUAUUCCGGUGGCUUGUCCAGCUCUGCGCGGACACGGGGGAGUACUGGUCUGGCGUCGACGUCAGACUCGGACAAUGAGCUCGUCCAGUCUCAGCGGAGGGAGAGCGUGUGUGUGUUGGAGGUCCAGAAGACGGUGGAGACUGAUGUGUACUCUGAGUAUGCUCAUGAUGCAGAUGGCCACGAUGGACUGGCGGAGAUGAGGAAGAAGGAACUACAAUUAGCGUGAAUGAUUCUCUUUUGGUCUUUUGAAGUAAACCAUUGAUUUGUGUGACUGAUGUAAAAGCCUCUAGAGCGUAUUAACUUUGACUCAGCAGCCUGCUAUAGCUUGGAUGGAGUGCCCAAACUCGCGUACACAUCAAGGACGAAGUUCUCCGGACUCUCCAAACGAGCGGCAG